UUCGUCUUAAAAAUAUAAUAAACAAAUCAAACAAAUAAUUAAAAAACAAAGUAUAUUGUUUGACUAUAGCCAUUGUUUAUUCACUCUAUGUUUAUUGAUAAUGAAUAUAAUUUUGCCCAAUUAAAAAGUUGAAUAAUUCUAAAUAAUAGUUGUAAAAAAUUGACCAUAUAUUAUCAGCUGUCACAAGAUAAAAUUUUCAAAACUUUCCCCUGUCAAAACAAUGAAAGAAAUUAAAUGGGAAGAAGUUGUUGUAAAUGAAGAGAAUUAUUUAAUAUCAUGUUGUAAAAUUGAUAACACUUGGAAAAUAAUGUUGACUAACCUCAUUGAGUUAUGGACUGAGAGUUUGACAAGGGAAAAAAUUACCCAAGAUUGUGAGAGUUUAAAUCCUCUGCUCAUCAUUGAAGACAUUAGUCUUGAUAAAAUAAUAUCUGAGUUAUUAGACAAUAUUAUUAAAUAUGCCAUCAAAAUAUCAACAAGUGUUAUAGCUCUUCAAAAUAAACUCGAUGAUGGAAUAUUUAAAUUUCAAAUAAAUUUAUCCAAGAGCAGUCCCAAUGAAUUUUUUCAAGAAAUAACAAUACCACUCUGUUCAUCUGUUGGUGAAUUAAUGAGAAAAAAUAAAAUACUAAUUCAACAAAUUAAAAAAAAAGAUGAAGAAAUUAUUGAGUACAGAGCAUGUGGAGCAGAGCUAUUAAGAGAAAAUAUAAAAACUGAAACAUUUAGCGAUGAGAUUUUAAAGCCUGGUCUAGCUGAUUGGGACGUAAAAUCUUGUGCCCAUAUAUUUAAAUCUGCUAUUCCCAAAAAUGAUAUUUCAAAAUUGCACAAUAAAAUUAUUAAAAAAAAAGAAGAAACAAUUAAAAGGGAAGAUCCAGUGAUCCAAAUGGAACUGAUAAAAACAGAGGAGAAAUUAAUCAACGAAAAACAAAAAAAUAAAUCUAUGAAUACACCAAAAGUAGCAUCAACUGUGCUUGAUAAUAAAAUUCACCAACCAGUAAUAAAUAACUCAACACUUUUAGUUGAAAAACAAUUAAAUUUACCAUCUCGUAUUGAAAAAAUUAACUUGAAAAAAAAAAAUGAAACAUCUAGUUCAGUGACUGUACCUGCGAAAAGACAAAAAAAAACAUUAAAAGACUUCAUAGCAUAAAAUUGUUAAUUAAAAAAAAAUUUUCAAGUCACAAAUUUGUUUUGUUUUUUUUUCAUAUAAACUAUAAUAAAGUAUUUAUAAAGAAAUAUUUAUCUCAAAUAUAUUUUUUAUAUUAUCA